CAAAUUUCGACCGUUACCCAAAAAUCUGAGACCUUUCCAUAACUCAGUUGAUAAAAUACGGGACCAAUGACCCAUUUUACAAAUCAGGAAUUUUCAAAUUUCAAUCAUCAAAUCAGAAACUCAGCAAAAUCUCUCUGUUCUUUCACCCGUCUUCCUACACAAACGAUCAUCCCAUCUUUCUUCUGAUCUGAUCGUCAAUUCCUGCGGAUGACAAUCCGAGAGUGUAUAGGUAGUUGAUGAAGUGGAUCAUCAAUUUUUUUGCAGAGAGCAGUUGAAAAAUUGAACAGAGAUGGAUGCUGAGAGCUCAACACAGUCGUCCUCAAUCAUGGAGGCGAAGAACGUUCACCCACUGCACCAAAUCUCCGAGCUCCCAACCCACAAGCUCCUCCUCAAGCAAUGGCUCAAGGAAGAAGAUCUGAUCUUCAACAGAAUCGUCGCGAAGGAGACUCAAAUCGACUCCGUCAGAAAGGAGAUCACGCAGAUCUGCUGUCUCUUCUUCCUCUUCCACUCCCUCUGCCUAACGAUCCUCUUCAGCUCCGUCGCCCGAUCCCGGCCGAAGGAGGCCGGGAUCUGCUGCCGCAGAUCGUGGAUCCCGUCUCUCUGCUCCCUUCUCUGCUCCAUGGGGCUGAUCUGGGCGGUACGGUACAAGACCGACACCGAGGCGCAUCUGGAGAAGCUUCUGGAGCGGGAGAAAGAGGACGGGAAGCUGUUACGGAAGUGCGUGGAGGAGCUGAAGAAGAAAGGGACGGAAUUCGAUUUGUUGAAGGAGGUGGAUGCGCUGAGAAGAGCGAAGAGUAUGAGAAUGGAAGGUAAGGCGGCCGUGAGGAAAUGGUCCGGCAGAGAUUUGAUUACUCUGUUCUUCCUCACAGUUUCCUGUGUUGUUCUUUCCCUUACGAACCUCAUUUUGUGUGGCUGAGGAGGGAUGGAUUUUUCUCCUUUUGAUUUUGCUUUUGUUUAUUACUGUGCUUUCUGGAAUUAUUACACUCUUUCUGGAAAAACUGCGGGGAGUACUUCCGAUUUGGCGAUUUGCCGAAUGCCAGAAUAUGCUGUUCUGGAUUUGUAAUUUAACAAUUGUGUACCCACUGUCCAGAUCCACUUGAUGAAAAUGAAGGUUAAAGGUUACAGAUGUUGGUCUUAUAAAUUUAGGUAUUAUAAUUUUAGGUCUUAUUUGUGUUGCUUCUCAC